AUGAAGAAUUUUUUGAUUAUUAUUAUUUUACUUAUUUCUUCAUUUCAAUUCUCAAUAUCAAAUCGAAAACAAAAUUAUUAUAAUCAACAACAAUUCGAAAGUAUUAUUAUUAAUAUUUUGCACAAAUAUUUUACAUAUGAUUUUGAAGAACCAAUAUCAAUUAAUCAUAAUAUAGAAAAUAAUAAUGAUGAAACUAAAGUUGAUCCUAAUGAUCAUGUUAAUGUUGAAUUAUGGAAUAAAUUAAAUGAAGAAGAUAUUAAAAAAAUGCCUGUUAUUCAUGAUUAUUCAAAUGAAAUUAUUGCUAAGAAAUGGUUAAAAUGGUAUCUUUAUAUAGUACAACGAUAUAGUCAAAUAGAUAUUUAUCUCCAUUGGAAUUAUAUGACAAAUAUAACUGAAGAAAAUCAAAAAGCAAUAACUGCUCAAAAUCUUAUUCAAUCGCCAUUUAGUCGUUUAGUAUUACCAAUAGCAAAAAAAUUUAAUGAAUAUAUGAAAUAUUCAGAAAAUUAUGAUUUAAAACGUAUAUUUGGUGGUUUAGCAUCAAGUACAACUAGUAAUAAUGAUGAUGAUAAUGUAAAAAGAAUUUCGAAAUUAGGUAGCCAAUUAGAAGAUAUUUAUUCAACAACAAAAGUUUGUGAAUUAAAUAAUAAAAAGAAAUGUUAUGCACUUGCACCAUAUUUAGAACGAUUAAUGCAAAUUGAAAAAGAUUAUGAUCGUUUAUUAUGGGCAUGGAAAGGUUGGCAUGAUGAAUGUGGAAAUAAAAUUCGUCCAGUUUAUUUACCUUAUAUUGAUUUAUUGAAUAAAAAUGUUAAAGAAAAUGGAUAUCAUGAUCUAGCUCAAUAUUGGAUUAAAGGUUAUGGAAUCGGUAAUGUGACCGGAUUUGAAAGUAUUAUUGAUCAACUUUUAAAAAAUAUUAUGCCAUUAUAUGAACAAUUACAUGCAUAUGUUCGAGGUCGAUUAUGUUCAAAAUAUGAAAAUCGUUUUGAUUGUAAUGGACCUAUUCCAGCUCACAUUCUCGGUAAUAUGUGGGCUCAAACAUGGCACGAUCGUUUAGAUGAUGUUAUUCCUUAUCCAGAUGCUCCACUUAUUAAUAUAACAAAAGUAUUAAUUGAAAAAAAAAUUUCUAUUCAUCAAUUAUAUACAAUGGCUGAAUCAUUUUUUACAUCAAUUGGUCUUUAUCCAAUGACACCAAAGUUUUGGGCUCGUAGUAUGUUUGAAAAACCUACUGAUCGUAAUGUUGUCUGUCAUGGAUCUGCAUUCAAUAUGGGAUAUCAUGAUGAUUAUCGUGUAAAAAUUUGUACAGAAAUUAAUGAUGAUUACUUUUAUACAGUUCAUCAUGAAAUGGGUCAUAUUGAAUAUUAUAUGGCUUAUAGUGAAAAACAACCAUUUGUUUAUCAAAGUGGAGCUAAUUCAGGUUUUCAGGAAGCUAUUGGAGAUACAAUUGGUAUGUUUGCAAUUUCACCAGCACAUUUAAUAAAAUUGGGUUUUCUUGAUGAAGAAAAUGUGAAUUUACAUUACGAAAUCAAUUAUCUAUUUCGUUUAGCUUUAGAAAAAGUUACUUUUCUACCAUUUAGUUAUGUUAUGGAUAAAUAUCGAUUUUUACUUUUUCGUAAUGAAAUUGAUCGUGAACAUGAAUUAAAUUCUAAAUGGUGGGCAUUACGUAUUGAAUAUGGUGGUAUAAUGGCAGGUGCACCUCGAAAUGAUAAAAAAAAUUUUGAUGCUGGUGCAAAAUAUCAUAUACCAUCAAAUGUUCCUUAUUUACGAUAUUUUUUUGCUCAUAUUCUUCAAUUUCAAUUUCAUCGUGCUAUGUGUCGAUUACAAGGUGUUACAAAACGAUUACAUAUGUGUGAUAUAUAUGGUAAUAAAUAUGUUGGAGAAAAAUUUAAAGAAAUGUUAGCUAUGGGAGCUUCAAAAUCAUGGCCAGAAAUUUUAGAAAAUUUCACAGGAGAAAAUAAAUUAGAAUCACAAGCUAUGUUAGAUUUUUUUCAACCAUUAUAUAAUUGGUUAAAAAUGGAAAAUUUAGCAAGAGGUUACCCAGUUGGAUGGAUGUAA